UGAUCAGACGGCCAUAUUUAAGUGUAUUUUGAUCGUCAUCAAAUGAGCUGGAAUUCUGUUAUUUUUAUCACUGUAACUUUGCGGUAAACGAAGGAAAGAUGAGUUCUAAACCUGUGCGAAGAGAGCCUGUUAAUGUUUGUGUUGUUUGUUGUGAGGACAUCGAGUUUUUCGCCGUUGGAGUGUGUGACCAUCCUGUUUGCCACAAGUGUUGUGUUCGAAUGCGUGUACUUGGGAAGGAAAUUUAUUGCCCUGUUUGCCGAACAGAACUGCAGCAGGUAUUCAUAACCAAAGAUAGCAUCAGUUAUAGAAAACUUGCUGCUAGAAGGGGUUCCUCUGUGAUCGAUAAACGACACAGUAUUCAUUACCAACAAAAGGGUAUCCAAGAUAAAGUGAAGGAACUCCUUGAACAUCGCUGUCAGUUCUGCCCAAGCCGCCAGCCAGAGAGAUCAUUUGAUCGUCUCCGUGAUCACAUGAAGCGGGAACAUGAAAAGUUCUAUUGUGAUCUUUGUGUGGCUAAUUUGCAAAAGUUCAGCUUUGAACUAAAAGCCUACACUCGUUCUGAGCUGGCACGACACCGUAGAGUUGGUGACUCUGAUGACAAAUCCCACAAAGGACACCCUCUUUGUAAAUUUUGUGAUCAGCGUUAUCUGGACAAUGAUGAGCUUCACAAGCACCUGCGCAAAGAUCAUUUCUGGUGUCACUUCUGUGAACGGGAUGGAAGUCAGGACUACUACCCCAAUUAUGAACAUCUGCGAAAGCACUUUCGUGAUUUUCACUUUCUCUGUGAAGAAGAUGAUUGUAUUCAUGAGCAAUUUACUUCUGUCUUUCGAACAAAGGUUGAUUUUCAAGCACAUCGGGCUGCAAAACACUCUGGAAAGUUGAGUAAAGCACAGGCUCGUCAGGCUCGUCAGUUAGAUGUUGAUAUAACUUUUGCUCCUCGGCCAAGGCCUCAGACAAAUCAUGGUUCAAUUGCUGGCAGAGAUUUUGUGGAAGUAAGAAGUUCAGAACAAAGAAAGGAAAAGAGAGAAAAAGGGGGAAAAAGAGGAAACUUUUCAGGGCCAAACAGGAAAGAAGCUUUGGAGUUACAGACUGCCAUGGCCCUUUCUUUGAGUGAAUCUGCAAGGGACCCUUCACAGCUUCCCUCACCCUCAUCUAAGCCACAAGAACCUAAGAAGCACAAGCCAGAGGAAAAGGGAGCAGUUGGAGGGCUACCUGACAAUGAAACAGAAGCAUUAGCUCAAUUUCCAGCUUCGCUAGGUUCUCUAGAGGUUACAAAUGUUGAUGAAGGGUUCAAGAAAGGUAGCAAACCCAGUAAACCAACUACAUAUGCUUCUGCUUCUACUCAACCAUACUCUGUUGAUGACUUCCCCUCUCUGUCUACAUCUGGUGAAAGAUUUGAACCAUCACCCACCGUACCUCCAGGAUUUGCUUCACCAGCUCGUCAGCCUCCCCCUUUAGCUGUAACACAGCAGACUUCUCGUGCUAAGCCCCCUCCUGGUUUUCAGACACUCUUUGAGCCAACCUCUAAGGAGAAGGUUAAAGAAAACGUUGCACCUUUACAAGAACCAACAAUCACUAAAACAGAGGUCAAAGCAAACAGUAGUGUGCAAGAGAGAAAUCAAGCUUUAGUGGAUAAAAUUAGAGGUUUAUUAGGAUAUAAGUCCAAAUUUGAAGAGUUUAAGGAAUUAUCUGGAAAGUUUCGUAAAAGUUUUUGUUCAGCAGAAGAGUAUUAUGCUCAGUGUUGUGAAUUAUUUGAGUCAAACUUUUCCCAAGUUUUUACAGAACUGGUAGAUUUAUUGCCUGAUCCUGAUAAACGAAAAGAACUGUUAGCUGCCCAUCAAGAUGCUAAAAUUAUGGAAAAGCAUCAAGGGCAUAAAAAUAAAGCUGGAAUGGUGAACAAAAAGCCACAAAUGUCUGGGGUGUGGCAAACUGGUGCCACUGCGUGGAAUGUGGAGACAAACAUUGGUGGUAUAUCUGAAAGAGAUUUUCCAGCAUUGCCUGCAGCAUCUAAACCAUCUUAUCAGCAAAGAUAUAAAGCACCAAAAAAUGCCACUAUGCUCAAAGAAGCAUGGAUUCGAGGAAAAUAAGUUCCUUUUCUACAAAAUCGUGCCUAGUUUUAUCGUCUUUUAAGGGUGAUUUGCAGUUUAUCUUCUGUCUUUUCCUAUUUUGAGGACAUUCGACCUUACAGUCGUAUUGUGUUACAUCAUUAAUAAAAUUGUUUGAGUUUUAAAAAAGUUAUAGUUUUAUAGAUACAUGUAUAGUACAUAAACACUAUUAGUGGUUGGUACCUUAGGGCUCUACCAUUAAAGUAUUAAAAGUUUCAAUUUUUGUUU